AUGUCCGCCGUUGGCUUCUCAUCGGAGGAGUACCGCUCUCUCAGCACCGCAACAUAUGCGCUCGUCGGUGCAGCCAGCGCGACCUCGUAUGUGCUCUACACCCAAGUCGGCCUGAGUCAGGGCGGCGUCAUCCCGCUACUGCGCGGCACGCUCGCGCCCAGCGUCCGCAUCUCGUCUGCGGAUAAGGUCAAGAUCUGGCGCGGCUUCUACAAUGCUGCCAAGAAAAUGGCACUCGGCGGCACAGCAGCGGCUGUCCUCUGUGAUGCAGUCGUGGUGGCGACGCACCCGAACAAGUGCGUGCGCAAGCUCUCCCUCGCCUCUGGCAUUGUCGGCGCUCUGAUCGUCCCCUUCACUUUCGGCUUCAUCAUGCCCACGAACAAGGAGCUGUUCGCGCUCGACGACGAGAAGCGCCUCGAGGGCGAGGUCACCCCCGAGCUUGAGAAGAAAGCAGACACGCUCAUCGGACGCUGGGAGACGCUCCACGCCUGCCGCUUUGCGAUGUACGCUGGCGCCGCAAUCCUGGCGACGUGCGCGCUGCUCAAGGACGGCCGCUCGACCUAUGUCUCCGAGGCUGUGGUCUUCUAA